AUGGCCGAUGCGGCACCGGGGCCAGAUCCGGGAAGCUUGGCAAGGCUGCUGGAAGCUGAUCGCACCGUUCGUCGGCGGUUGCGGGAGAAAGGCCAUAUGACGAGAUGGCCUUCGGAACGGACGACUGGUGUGCCAAGCUGCAAAGGCAUGGCGUGUAAUGCGAGGAUUCUGGAAAUUGUCGCGGAAUGGUGGUGUCCGUCGAUGGAUUCCCCAAUGAUCAUCCCGAUAGAAGUGAUGCGUCGAGAGGUCAAUGCUUUGCGUGGCCCUGCUCACAUGGAUAUGAAGCACGACCCUCUGCAAGCUGAGCUUGACUCGGACGGAAUCAAGAAAUUGUUUACGCACGGGCUCCGCCGCUUGAAGAGUGGUGCUUCGCGGCCCAGGGAUCCGGCUCUGGAGGAUUUCUUUCAUAUCCUGGAAUGGUACUGGACCGAGCUUCGUACGGAUGAUGAUGUGGCCCCGGACAUGCUCAUGUUAGAGGAUGGUUCGGUGGAUGAUCCAUAUGUGGGCGAUGCCAGUGAUGGACAUGUGCUUGCGGAUGAUUCAGGGGCUCCUAUCCUCGAUGAGUCCGCUGAGUCGGCCACGACCCUGGCGCUAGGAGCCCUGACGCCUGCAGCAAGUGAUUCCAGCAAUCCGGACCCGGAGCCCGAAGCAACUGACUGCAGCAAUCCGGAGCCAUUGCCACUGCCCGAAGCAAGUCACUCCAGCAAUCCGGAGCCGUUACCACUGCCCGAAGCAAGUCACUCCAGCAAUCCGGAGCCGUUACCACUGCCCGAAGCAAGUCACUCCAGCAAUCCGGAGCCGUUACCACUGCCCAAAGCAAUCCUGAGCAACCCCUUUAAAGGUGAGAAGCCUGAUAAGGUACCUGAGCCAGCAGCCCGUGAGAAUCCCAAUGCAACCCCUCCGGGUAAGAUCGCUCAGACAGCACCGCCAAGCCCUGGUGAGCCAGCACCUUCGACACCCAAGCCCAAGCUUGCUAAGCUUCCCCACUUCGAGAUCCCUGGCCCGGAGCACGAGAGAGCUCUUUUAAAAGCCCAGAUGGAGCAGCAGAUAGCAGCCCUGAGGUACCAGCUGGCUUUGAGGAGGUCUCAGCAGGCUUCGGCGCCCCCUCCGGUUGCCCCGAGUGCUGGUGUCAUGCAUGAUGAGACACAGGUGUAUGAUGCUGAUGCUGCGAUGGUCAACUGGCUUUCGGCAGCUGAAGAGCAACGGGAGAAAGCAGAGGGGGGCAUUCCUAUGCCACCUGAUUCAGAGGUGCUUCCAGAAGUCGAUGUGCGGAAGGGAGCAGAGGUGGCCAAUCGUGGGCCAAGUGAAUCGCUUCCUGAAGGCCAGAUGGGAUCGGAGAAGGUGGCUCCUGUGCCUCCUGAGGCUCCUGAGAUCGAAUCAGCCAAGGCCGACGGCCAGAUGGGGUCGGAGGCUCCUGAGGUGGGAUCUUUCAAGGCUGAGGGGCAGAUGGAGUCGGAGAAGGUCGCUCCUCAGGCGGAGUCAGCCGAGCCUGAGCAGCCCUCUGAUGAGGAUGUCGAUGGCUUUGAGGCUCCCAUUGUGAAGCGAACGGAUCAACGUGAGAACUUCAAGAAGGCGGCCCAAGCGGACAAGGACAAAAGGGGCCGUGGUCGUGGAGGGAAUACUCGGGGCCGGGGUCGAGCUGGCCGUGGUCGCGGGCAAAGUGGCCGCGGGCGAGGUGGCCGCGGGCGAGGUGGCCGUGGGCGCGGUGGCUGCGACACCCAGUCCGAGGAUGAAAAGCCGAAAGGCAAGAAGCGCAAAGUUCAGCCGGAGGAGUCAUCGGAGCCCGAGAAUGAGAAUGACAAUGGCACGGUGAGGUAUUCGCAGGAGGAGCUUGUCGACCAGAAGCCCGAGAAGCCUGGUGGGAAGAAGCCUGCCAAGGAGGCCCCAAAGGCCAAGAGCGGCCAGAAGGAGUCACCAAAGUCCAAGAGCGGCCAGAAGGAGUCGCCCAAGCCCAAGCUUCAGCAGGAGUCACCCAAGUCCAAGCUUGGCGAGGAGUCACCGAAGUCCAAGGGCGCCCAGAAGGAGUCACCCAAGCCCAAGGCGAAGGCCAAGGCUGCUACAAAAAAGAGAGCCAAACCGGAUGCUGAGACUGAGGAGCCUGCAGAGGACGAGGCGGCCGGGAACCGCCGAAAGACCUUUGCUGGUCGACGGAUGCCAAAGACGGCGGGUUCAGCGCUGGAUCGUUACAAUGCAAUGGUGGAUUCAUUCCUAAAGAUUGUGUAUCCCCAGGUGGACUCGCCGAGCACUUGGGAGGGCGAAUUCUGGAGCUUUGCAUAUCAGCAUCUUCUCGAGCGGCCUUUGGAUGCUUCCGGCUACGGCAAGGUUGCACGUGCUCAGGCGCGAAAGUUCCUCAACGAGCACCGUGAUGCUGUGAACGAAUGA